UGCUGCUGCCGCGUGACGUCACGCGGUAACAGGAAGUUGCCGCUCCGCCAGUGCAGUGAAAUCCGAGGCCAAGUCUGCUUGAGCUGCUAUACCGCUCUUGUUUUCAGAAGCGACCUGCCCCACAACACAAGCUGUCGCUUCCUCUGCAGAAUUGGUCUGAUGGAGCAAAGGCACUCGGCGCCGCUCGGUUCGACAAGGCAACAAUGCGACCAGUGUGCAUAUAGCACGGAUCGUACUGGAAAUUUGACACGGCACCAGAGAACUCACACAGGAGAGAAACCCUUCAAGUGCAGUGUGUGUGGGAAGGCGUUUGCACUUUCAUUUACUCUUGUAAAACACCAGAUAACACACACGGGAGAGAAACCCUUCAAGUGCAGUGUGUGUGGGAAGGCGUUUGCACAUUCAUCUGCUCUUGUAGAACACCAGAGAACACAUACGGGAGAGAAACCCUUCAAGUGCAGUGUGUGUGGGAAGGCGUUUACACUUUCAUCUACUCUUGUAACACACCAGAGAACACACACGGGAGAGAAACCCUUCAAGUGCAGUGUGUGUGGGAAGGCGUUUACACUUUCAUCUACUCUUGUAACACACCAGAGAACACACACGGGAGAGAAACCCUUCAAGUGCAGUGUGUGUGGGAAGGCGUUUGCACAGUCAUCUGCUCUUGUAGCACACCAGAGAACACAUACGGGAGAGAAACCCUUCAAGUGCAGUGUGUGUGGGAAGGCGUUUGCACAGUUAUCUGCUCUUGUAACACACCAGAGAACACACACGGGAGAGAAACCCUUCAAGUGCAGUGUGUGUGGGAAGGCGUUUGCACAUUCAUCUCUUCUUGUAGCACACCAGAGAACACACACGGGAGAGAAACCCUUCAAGUGCAGUGUGUGUGGGAAGGCGUUUGCACGUUCAUCUGCUCGUGUAGAACAUCAGAGAACACACACGGGAGAUAAACCCUUCAAGUGCAGUGUGUGUGGGAAGGCGUUUGCACGUUCAUCUGCUCUUGUAAUACACCAGAGAACACACACGGGAGAGAAACCCUUCAAGUGCAGUGUGUGUAGGAAGGCGUUUACACUUUCAUAUACUCUUGUAACACACCAGAGAACACACAUGGGAGAUAAACCCUUCAAGCGCAGUGUGUGUGGGAAGGCGUUUGCACAGUCAUCUGCUCUUGUAGAACACCAGAGAACACACACGGGAGAGAAACUCUUCAGGUGCACUCUGUGCGGGAAGGCGUUUGCACGUAAACCAAAUCUUCAAAGACACCAGAGAACACACAAGCAUCAGAAGAUCCACAAGGAGUGGAGUAUGAAAUCGGCUUGUGAAAGUCAAAGUGCCACAAUGAGCCCAUCCCUCAUGAAACAAGAACCGGAAGAAAAUCCCAGCUUGGACACUUUUAAAAGUAUCAAGGUGAAAUAUGAAGCGGUGAAGGUGAAAUGUGAAGUGAUGGUGAAGAGCGAAGAAGUGAAGGUAAAAUGUGAUGAUGAAGAUUCAACUCCAAAAUUGGACCUGCACAUCGUUGGAGGCAACGUGAAGCAGGAGGAGAAUUCUGACUGCGAGGCAGAGCGAGGCAACUCCAAGCAGUUUGUGGAAGUGGAGGUGUGGGUGGACUUCCGAGACAAUACAAAGUCAAAUGGAGGCUUGGUAGAUCUGUAAUCUUGAGACGAUGUCGUUCCAAUAGAUGCACCUUUAUCACAGGCCUUUAAUGGCAAGAAUGUGAUGUUGAACACUCAAUUCCUAGGUUCAACCUGCAUUGUAUGAGCGGUCAGUCUUUGUUGACCUGUGGGUUGGGUAGAUCUCUAACCAGGAGCGAGAGCCUAAAAGCUCCCAAUCAUUCACGAUGUUAUCAAUUGCAUUUAUAUGGUGCUUUCUUAAUCGCCUCUGGCAAUUCGGAGUUUUGUAUUGUAUCUCAUUUCAAACAAUCGAAGAGCAUCCCCAAGUAGCAGCUGCCCCUGUAUGGCACAAGGUAGUGGCCCUGCACCGGCCUGCAUGUGGACAAGAGCCUGUCAGUAGGGGGCGAUGGUUGAUGUGGCAUCUCAGUUGUGUAGUUUGUAGGUAAUGUUUAGAAUUUGCUAAAUUUUGACCCAGACGCCAGCAUGCAAUGGCCUACUCGUUUUUAAUGGCGCAAUAGUAUGUUGGACACUUACGCAGAUGGUGGUAAAUUUUUUUACACGCUUUUACUUAACUCACUCUGUCGUAUCCUCAAAUCUUGUAACUAAAUUUUAACCCACUUCCCAAUGUCGUAUAGACUGCAAACUUGGUAUACCAAUGUCAUACUGAUGACAAUACUAUAAUGUAUCAUUUAAAAUAAAAAAAUAUAUAUUUUAAACGAUCUUUUUUCUAGGUUAUGUUUCGGAUUUGGUCUAGUUAUACGCUUUUGUCCACGCUCAACUCACUUUGGCUGUAAAUCACCACGGUCCCUUACGUUAUGGCUUAGGGACCACUUCCUGGAGUCGCGGAGUUCUGCCAUUAGUCGUACGGUACAUUUCAUUAAAACGUGUUUUAAAAAAAGUAUUUUACAAUAUUACUUAUUGUGUUAAUGGCUUGGUGGAGACACGGGGCCUGUGGAGCGUGGAAAGUGGGUCGUGUAGAGCCAA